AUGAGAUUGGUUUUGGUGUUCUGUACCAUUGUAGUUUUUGUGGUUGGUAAGUCAUUUUUAAAAUUUUUUAUUAUUCGGGUAUAUAUCUAACUGGUUCAGAGCUAAAUUUUUCAUUGGUAAAGGAUGAAAAAGGUUAAUUCUAAAGGCCUAUUGGAGCUACAUGUGUAAUUUUAAAAUGAUUUUUUUUUGACAAAUUUAAUUUUUAUAGCCUUCCGGCCAUCCGGAUCACCACCACCAGGCUUCACCGGACCUCCACCACACAAGCGUGGAGCUAGACAAGCUGGGUUCACCCCACCAGCCGGCUUUUCUGGGCCACCGCCACAUAAACGUGAGGCUAGAGCAGCUGGAUUCAGUGCUCCACCAGGCUUCUCUGGGCCACCACCAGCCUUCUCUGGACCUCCACCACACAAACGUGAAGCCAGAGCAGCUGGAUUCAGUGCUCCACCAGGCUUCAGUGGCCCGCCACCACAUAAACGUGAGGCUAGGGCAGCUGGAUUCAGUGGACCACCAAAGGGCUUCAGCCCACCCCCAGGCUUCUCUGGACCUCCACCACACAAGCGUGAGGUUAGGGCGGCUGGAUUCAGUGCUCCACCAGGCUUCUCUGGCCCACCACCACCAGGCUUUAGCGGUCCACCAAAACAUAAACGUGAGGCUAGGGCAGCUGGAUUCAGUGGACCACCAAAGGGCUUCAGUCCACCCCCAGGCUUCUCCGGACCUCCACCACACAAGAGAGCUGCUAGAAAGGCUGGAUUCAGUGGACCACCACAUUUCCCAUUCAGUGGCCCACCAAAGGGUUUCAGUGCCCAACCAGUUUUUUAA